AUGAAUGUUAAUUCUGGCAGCGAAGAUGGCCGGAAAAAGCAAGAAAACAGCAACAAAGCUUUUAAAUGGACUGCAAUUUCAGCUUUAUGCCUUUGUUUCGUGGCGAUAGUUAAUCAUUGCGUUUACGGACCGCUGCCAGAAUGCGACUUGUUCUUCUAUCGCGUUUUGCCCUUGUUCGAUUGCGUUUACAUCAUCGGUGCUAUUAUUGGACUCAUCGCCGCGAAAAUGCACAGUGUGAUGAUUUACUCUUUCUUUAGCGUAUCUGCGGUGACGACAAUGCUGUGUUACAUUAUCAACGCCGCUGUAGACACGAUGUCGAUUACAGCGGACAUGAAGCAGCUAAGGGAAGCGUCAGUAAGUGCCAGCGAGGUAUUAGAAGACGAUGCCGUAACUGGCAGAGUUAUCGAUUACUGCAGAUAUCCGGAGAAUCGUUAUCAUGGAUACAAGUUCGACUUAAUUGUGGAGGCGCUUGGAGUUGCCAUUCAUAUCGCUGCUUUGCUUUUCGAGUUUCAAAUGUUCAUUUAA